GGGGGCCCCGGUGGCGCUGCCCCAGCCGGCAGUGAUAUCCUAAGGGAAGAUGGGAAAGGGCUGUAAGGUUGUGGUUUGUGGCUUGUUAUCUGUGGGGAAAACGGCAAUUUUGGAGCAGCUCCUUUAUGGGAAUCAUACUAUUGGAAUGGAGGACUGUGAAACAAUGGAAGAUGUGUAUAUGGCUUCAGUGGAAACGGAUCGGGGAGUCAAGGAACAGUUACAUCUUUACGACACCAGAGGCCUACAGGAAGGCGUGGAGCUGCCAAAGCAUUAUUUUUCAUUUGCUGAUGGCUUUGUUCUUGUGUACAGUGUGAAUAACCUUGAAUCCUUUCAAAGAGUGGAGCUUCUGAAAAAAGAAAUUGAUAAGUUCAAAGACAAAAAAGAGGUGGCCAUUGUCGUGUUAGGAAACAAAACUGACCUUUCUGAGCAGAGACAAGUGGACGCCGAAGUGGCACAGCGGUGGGCCAGGAGUGAGAAGGUGCAUCUGUGGGAGGUGACGGUCACAGACCGCAAGACCCUGAUCGAGCCCUUCACCCUGCUAGCCCACAAACUCUCCCAGCCCCAGAGCAAACCGAGCUUCCCUCUGCCUGGGAGGAGAAGCAAAGGCAACUCCAGCUCUGAGAACUAAACCCUAGGGUGCACAACUGUCCCUUGAAUGGUGACUGCCUCGAGGUGUCUGUGAACUUAUGUAAAACAGGCCAUUUCUGUCUACCUUUGGUCCUUAGGAAGACCCUGGGGAAGUAAUUUAAUGCACUUCCAGUUAUGAUUCAGUUACUGUUCCCUGACAUGAAAUAAUAAUAUAUUUGCGUUCUCCUUGUUUCAGACUUGUCCCUAAAAUUAGCACCUUUGUUAUCUGUAUUAUGUUGCAUUUGCCAAAAGAAUAAAAUAAAAUCUGGGUGGUAAAA